AUACGCUCUCUUCAUGACCUAUUUUGGCAUUCGAGUGUAGUCAGUGCGCGAGAGUCCCUGUUUCACGACCUUUAGUUUUGUCUACGAUAUAAGAGAAUAUUCUCUUAUAGUGAGAUACUAUUCAAGAGAAUUCUCUCUUAUACCGUAGCCAACACGAUGUAACAGAAAGCCGGAUUUAAGAGAGUGAAAUUGGCUUGUACCGACCCUCUCUUAAACCGUAGCCGCUACUGUACCUGACCAAGGUGCUGGAACUCCGGCACGGCGUUAUGAUGGUCGGGCCCUCCGGCAGCGGCAAGACCAGCGCAUGGCGGUGCUUGCUCUCCGCGCUGGAAAUGCUGGACGGCGUGAAGGGCGAAGCGCACGUCAUCGACCCCAAGGCCAUUGGCAACAAGGCGCUCUACGGCAACUUGGAUCCGACCACGCUCGAGUGGACGGAUGGCAUCUUCACCAAGGUGCUGACGAACAAGCGCGGCGAGAAGGCUCGUCGGCACUGGAUCGUAUUCGACGGGGACGUAGACCCGGACUGGGCGGAGAACCUGAACAGCGUUCUCGACGACAACAAAAUCCUUACCCUGCCAAGCGGGGAGAGGCUGGAGGUCCCGGACAACGUCCGCAUCAUGCUUGAAGUGGACAGCUUGCAGUAUGCGACGCUUGCCACGGUCUCUCGGUGCGGCAUGGUGUGGUUCUCGGCUUCCGAGCAGAAUGGGGUCGACUCCGACACCUCGCCCAACCCGGGCACGGUCACGAACGACAUGCUUUUGCGCCAUAAGCUCAUGCGACUGCGGUCAGACCCGGUAUCGCUGCUGGAGGGAUCGUCUUCUGCCGUCGGUGUUCCCGGCGGGGAGGCAGCUGGCGGAGGGCAGGGGCUGGCGCCGUCUACAGCUCAGCUGGACUUCGCCCAAGUGCUGGAGCCGCACUUCCACGCCGCGGGUCCGCUCGUCCCCGGUACGGACGGCGGGAGCUUCGAUGAUGAUCGUCUCUUCCCCGUGGCCCUCGAGCUGGCACUGUCGAGGCCGCAGGUCAUGUCCAGCACGAGGGAGCGUCUCGUUGAGAGCGCGUGCUCGCUGCUGGAAAGGGGCGUAGGGCUGGUCUUGGAGUACAACGAGGGACACCCAGAUUUCCCUCUCCCCGCGGACGUUCUGAGCCGGUUUGCCGUCCGGUGGCUGCUGCACUCUCUCAUGUGGGGCCUUGGAGGCAGCAUGGACGCCAAGGGGAGAGCAGAACUUGGAGAGGUCUUGAUCCACCACUCGGGGUUGGCGCCGCCUGCCGAUGGUGCCGACCUCACUUCGCUCCAGGUCCGAGUGGAGGACGGCGAGUGGUGGGCGUGGUCGGAUUCGGUUCCUAAGACACAGCUCGAGCCACACCGCAUCGUCAGCUCGGAUGUCGUCAUUACCACCACGGACACCGUAAGGCAUGUGGAGGUGCUCAAGGCGUGGCUGGCUUCCCACAAGCCCCUCAUCCUCUGCGGACCACCCGGCUCGGGCAAGACGAUGACGCUCACGUCGACUCUGCAGGCCAUGCCGAACCUUGUCCUGGCUAGCCUCAACUUCUCGAGCUCUACCGACCCAAACCUGAUCCUGCAGGCUUUCCAGCAGCACUGCGAAUACGUGCGUACUCCCCGCGGGGUGGUUCUGCAGCCGAUGGCCUCUUUGGGCUUGGGCAAGUGGCUAGUCAUCUUCUGCGACGAAAUAAACUUGCCGUCUCAGGACAAGUAUGGCACACAGCGGGUGGUGUCUUUCCUGCGGCAGCUGACGGAGCAGGGUGGGUUCUGGCGGGCGAGCGACAAGACCUGGGUCAAGCUGAAUCGGGUCCAGUUUGUCGGAGCCUGCAACCCCCCUACGGACGCAGGUCGGCAAGUCUUGCCGCCUCGGUUCCUUCGGCAUGCCCCUCUCCUCUUCGUCGACUCCCCGGCUCGAGAAAGCCUUGAGCAAAUCUACGGGGCCUUCAACUCGGCGCUGCUCAAGCUGCACCCGCCGCUCAGGGGCCACCUGGACGGCCUGACGAACGCCAUGAUAGAGUUCUAUCACCUCAACCAGGCCAAGUUUACCGCCGAUCAACAUCCACAAUACAUCUACUCUCCCAGAGAGCUGUCCCGAUGGGUGCGAGCCCUGUACGAAGCAAUGAAUCCCCUGGAUGCCAUGACUCUGGACGAGCUGGUGAGACUGUGGGCGAACGAGGCGCUGAGGUUGUUCCACGACAGGCUGGUCACGCAGGAGGAGCAGGACUGGUGCCAGGAGAAGGUCGACGAGGUUGCGAAGAAACACUUCCCUGGAGUCUACUCGGCGUUGAAGAGGCCUCUUCUCUACAGCUCGUGGCUGUCCAAGGACUACACGAGUGUCAAGCAAGAAGACCUGCGGCAGUUCUUGCUGGCCCGACUGCGCAUCUUCUACGAGGAAGAGCUCGACGUCCCCCUCGUCCUGUUCGAUGGGGUUCUCGAGCACGUGCUGCGUAUCGAUCGGGUGCUACGCCAGCCGAUGGGCCACCUGCUGCUAGUUGGAGAAGCGGGUGCGGGGAAGACGGUGUUGAGCCGCUUCGUGAGCUGGAUGAACGGCCUCGCCAUCUUCCAGGCGAGUCGGGUGAAAGCCAGCAACCGGUACACGCUGGAGCACUUCGACCAAGACCUCCGGUCGGUGAUGUGGCGUGUCGGCGUGCAGGGCGAGCAAGUGUGUUUCAUCUUCGACGAGAGUAACGUCCUGUCUCCGGCCUUCCUGGAAAGGAUGAACGCCCUCUUGGCCUCAGGGGAGGUGCCUGGGCUGUACGAGGGUAAAGAGCUGACGGCCCUCAUGGCGGGGUGCCGCGAGGCUGCCCAGAGGGACGGAGUGCUGGUAGACUCGGAGGAUGAGCUCUUCCGACGGUUCACCACGAAGGUACAACGAGGGCUCCACGUGGUUUUCACGAUGAAUCCAGCGAGCGAUGGCUUUGCGGGCCGCUGUGCCACCUCCCCGGCCCUGUUCAACAGAUGCGUCGUCGAUUGGUUCGGCACGUGGCCCACCAAGGCUCUGGCGCAGGUUGGGUACGAGUUCACGUCUCACGUGGACACAGGCACGUCGGAGUGGGACAUCGACGAGGCGCACCCCCUAAUGGAGGCCUUGGACGGGCUGUUGGCAGCGGGCGGAGAGAUGCCCAGGCGUGCGCUCGUGGCUGCUCUCGUCGGCGUGCACGGGAGCGUGAAGGAACAGUCUGCAAACCCUCCUGUGCACUCUUCGGCGGUGCGGCACUACGUCUCCCCCAGAGAUUUCCUUGGUCUCAUCCGUGCCUUCGUGGCCCUCGUUAAUGAGAAACGGGCAGAGCUUGAGGACCAGCAGAUACACCCGCUGGCUCCGCAACGCGUCGGUGAUGGAAGGCCGAUCGCCAUCGACGUGUCACUGUAUCCACCGGUCAUGCUGGGGCACGGUAACAAAUGGAAUGCUCUGUACAUGGUGGCACAUGCAUCGCGUUGCUUGCAGCUGCACAUCAACCUCGGGCUGAACAAGCUGAGAGAGACGCAGGCCGGUGUGGAGGACAUGCAAAAGGGGCUGGCUGAGAAGGAGAGGCGCCUCAGGGAGAAGGACGAACUGGCCAACGCCAAGCUGCAGCAAAUGGUGUCCGGACAGAACGAGGCUGAGAGGCGCAAGGGCGAAGCGGAGAUCCUCAGCAAGGACUUGCAGCAACAGAACGACCGCAUCGCGCAGAGGCGACACCAGGUGAUCAGCAAGGCAGAUUUCAUCGCCACCGUGGUUAACUUCGACACGGACUCGUUGACGAACCCGGUCAUCAAGACGGUGGAAGACGUCUUCAAGGCUGCUGGCGACCUUACCGCUGACUCCGUCACCAGGGCCUCCAAGGCCUGCGGACCGCUCUACAACAUAAACUUCAGCCGCAUCGCCAUCAUGGUGCAGCCUCUCAAGGACGAGAUCGUGGCCCUGCAACUAGAGAGCGACAAGGCUACGCAGCAGAUGAGCGUCAUCGAGACCCAGAUAGACGAGCUCCAGGAAAGCAUCGCCAGGUACAAGGAGGAGUACGCGGAGGCCAUCAGGGAGAUUGAGGCGGUCAAGUCUGAGAUGGAAGCCGUCAAGCAGAAGGCGAGCAAAAGUAGUCCACCGUGUGGUUCUUUUGUUCUGGCCUAUGCUUGCCGUGUUGGCUGCUAUGUGUUGCGAAUGUUUCGGAUCCUUUGUUGUGCUGCGCAGGUUACCCGAGCGGAAGCUCUCCUGAGGAACCUGGAGCAGGAGCGCGACCGCUGGAGCCUGUCGUCCGAGAGCUUCACCAAGCAGCUGGAGUCCCUCAUCGGCGACGGUCUCCUCGCCGCGGCAUUCGUCACAUACGUCGGAGUGUUUGACUACCGCACCAGAAAGUCUCUUCUUGCGGAGUGGCGUAUGAUCCUCACCGACAUCGGGGUACCUUUCCGCCAAGAGCUGUCGCUAAGGCAGUACCUCAGUACGGCCAAACAAAGGCUGGAGUGGCAGGGAAUGGGACUGCCUGCGGACGACCUGUGUCUGGAGAACGCGGUGGUGCUGGAAAGGUUCAGCCACAGAUUCCCACUUGUGGUCGAUCCCGCCGGUCAGGCCACCCAUUUCCUCCUCAACAAGUACAAGGAGCGGAAGAUUGCCACCACCUCCUUCCUGGACGCGUCCUUCAUGAAGACGCUUGCGAGCGCCAUCCGCUUCGGCACUCCCUUGCUCGUCCAGGACGUGGAGACAGUCGACCCGGUGCUCAACCCGCUCCUCAACCGCGAGCUGCAGCGGACGGGUGGCCGUACGCUCAUCCGCCUGGGCGCCGAGGACAUUGACUACAGCCCCGACUUCCUGCUGCUGCUGGUCACGAGGAACCCGGGGGCGCGAUUCGCCCCUGACCUGUGCUCAAGGGUGACAAUUGUCAACUUCACCGUCACUCCUGCGAGCCUGCAUAGUCAGGCGCUCGGAUCCCUGUUGAGAUCGGAACGGCCCGACGUGGAGCAGCGGAGAACUCAGAUGUUGCAACUUCAGGGCGAGCAGAGCGUCAAGCUCCGUCAGCUGGAGGAGCGUCUUCUGGACACGAUCAGCGCAGUGGAGGGUACGAUCCUUGACGACGACACGGUAGUGAAGGCCCUCGAAGACCUCAAGGGCGAAGCGGGAGACGUUGCCAAGGAGGUGGAGCACACUCGCGAUGUGAUGUCAGAGGUGGAGGCUGUCUCGAACCAGUACGAGGCCUUGGCCGUGUCGUGCAGCCAGCUGUACUUCGCGCUCGAGACGCUAAGGGACGUUCACUUCCUUUAUCACUUCUCGCUGAGGUUCUUCCAAGACAUUCUGGCCCAGGUCCUUGCCAGCUCCAAGCAGAGUACCAAGGCAAUGGUGGCGUCGUCCAGCGGCAAAGUAGACGCCACGACCAGACUCGCCAUCCUCAAGGCCCGGCUUUUCCGUGCGGUGUGCAAGAGGGUCUGCAAGGGCCUUCUCAACAAGGACCGCCUGCUUUUCGCUCUCAGGCUCGCCCAGCUGUACGUUGAAGACGACGUCGAAAAGUCGCCGACACAGGAGGAGCUAGAGGCGCUGCUCAGGGCCGCUGGGGUUGGGGCUGGUGCUUCGACAACUCGCACAGGCGAGGUACCAUCGAUCCCGGGACGCGAGCUCUCAGAGCGGCAGUCACGCGACAUCGGGGCCCUGCUGUCCCUCCCAUCGCUCAAGCCGCUUCCCGAACACCUCUCUGCCAAUCCGGAAGAGUGGUGCCGAGUGCUGGACGAAAACGACGCCGAGAACUUCCUGCCGACGAGCGGCUGGACGGCCGAAGGGGUCUCUAGAGAGAGGCAGGCGUUCUUGGCACUCGCGGUUGUGCACGCGCUCCGACCAGACCGCACCAUGGCGGCCGCGGAAGAUCUGGUUGGGAGUGUGUUUUCGGCCCCGGACGAGGGCGCCGAAGGCGAAGGAGACCAGGGGGAGACCGGCUUGCCGUGGAACGAGGCGCUUGAUUUGGAGGCGUCUGUGAGGGAGGGGCCUGGCCCUGAAGCCCCGGUGCUGCUUUGCUCGGAGGCGGGCCACGACGCCAGCUGGAAGGUGGAUGCGCUUUCGGGCUCCAUGUCUCGGCCCAUGCAGUCGGUGUCCAUGGGGUCCUCGGAAGGGUUUGACAUGGCCGAGAGGGCUUUACACCUGGCCUCCAAGCAAGGGUCAUGGGUGCUGCUGAGAAACACCCACUUGUGCCCGGAGUGGCUGGGAGGGUUGGAGAAGAAGCUCAGGGGUCUGGCCUUACACCCGUCCUUCAGACUCUUCCUAACAUCGGAGGUGCACCCAUGCUUACCGCCAAGCCUGCUCAGAGCUAGCGAGGUGCUGGUGGUAGAGGCGCCGUCAGGCGUGAGAGCUAACGUCCUUCGUUUCCUGAGGGAAGUUCCCAAAGAGCGCAUUGCCAAGCGUCCAGUGGAGCGGAGCAGGCUGUACGUGCUUCUAGCAUGGCUGCAGGCCGUUGUGCAAGAGCGACUGCGAUAUGUGCCCCUUGGUUGGAGCAAGCGGUACGAGUUCAGCGAGGCGGACGCGACCUGCGCUCUUCAGGCAAUCGACAGCUGGGUCGACGGGGCCGCGCACGGUGCGCAACACAUCAGCCCAGAAAAGGUGCCGUGGGAAGCUCUGCGUGCUCUACUGGGUCAGAGCGUAUAUGGCGGGCGCGUCGACAGCGUGUUCGACCAGCAGCUGCUAGAAGGCUUUGUGGCUUCCCUUUUUCAGCCCAAGUGCUUCGACCUCAACUUCCCGUUGUGCAGCGCGCACGACGGUGACACAGAGCAAGCGUCGGCGUUGGUGUCGCUGCCCGACGCGACUAGCCCGGAUGCCUUCAUCAAAUGGGCCAGCAGCCUGCCCGCCAGCAACCCUCCCACGUGGUUGGGGCUUGCUCCUAACGCGGAGGCGGCACUGUUGGCUACCAGGGGCGAACAGCUCCUCUCGACUUGGCAGUUGAUUCAGGAUGACGGCAGUUGGGCUGAGGCAGCUGCGGUGGCGUUGACGACGGGAGAUGAGGUGGGCACCGGUGGCAAAGAAGUGAGGCUGGAGCAGCUGCUGCAGCGGACCCAGAGCUGGUUGUCGAGUUUGCCGACAACCAUCGGCAAGGAGAGAUCGGCUGGCGGCCAGGAUGACUCCGAAGAAGGUGAUGCGUUGCAUCGCUGCCUGUGUCGCGAGGUGUCGAAAGCGUCAGCGUUGUUGUGCAGGGUUCGCGGAGAUCUGGUGUCGGUGGAGAAGCUGUGCCGGGGCGAGAUCAAGGCGACUAACGAGGUGCGCGCGCUCGUGGGCGCGUUGGCGAAGGACGUUGUCCCGGCAACCUGGAAGGCUGGUCUCGUGCAGGCUGACAUGGGUGUCGCCGGGUGGGUGGACGAUCUCACCAAGCGCCUCGACCACCUCGCCAGCGUCUCCAAGGCCGGGCCCAAGACUGGUCCCAGCGCCACGCCGUACUGGCUGGGGGGACUGUUCAGCCCGGAUGCGUUCGUGACGGCCAGUCGGCAGCAUGUGGCGGGGGCGCUUUCGUGCUCUCUGGAUGAGCUGGCUCUGUCCCUUGUGGUGGGCCCUCAAGAGGAGACAAGUGCUGACGAAGGCUCAUCAAUGGCGUUCCCGAUCAUCGGACUUGUGCUGGAAGGGGCCGGCUGGAGCGAAGCGGCCAAGACUCUAGCCUUCUCCAAGGACCACCGCAAGGCCCUGGCUCUUUGCCGCCUUUGCUGGACUAGACGCCCUGAUGGUGCAGCAGAGGGCCCUGGAGGGGACGAGUCCUUGCCUGGGGUGGCGGUACCGGUGUACUUGCACGCUCGGCGCAGUGACCUCAUCGUGACAGUGGCGCUCCCCGUGCCGGAGGAUGUGCCCCCCCUCGUGUGGCGACAGAGAGGAGUCGCGCUCCUGGCGUGGGGUCCUCCUGUGUAGCUCUGUGACUGGCAGAAGUAGUAGGUGUAAUACGAGGUUGUACGCCCUUGUAGUACCAAAGGACGGCGUAGCAUCGAGUCCAAGUUUUCGAGUGGAUCAAGAAAAAUAUGGGGUUUCGGGUGUUCUUGUGCCGUCCGGAAAAUUAAAUCCACCACUAGACGUGCUGAUUAUUGUUAGGGGACGCUCAAUCACACUUGAGAGGGCUCCCUCCAUGUCGCGCGGCAUACAUGUUUCGUGUUUGACCUGGUCGUGCGGUACUUGCGUGUCGAGUAGUGCUCCUCAAGUCUCAAGAGGCCGGGAAGGAUGUUUCACGGGGAUUGUUUUAGUCACAGCCGGUUUUCGGCUUUGGGCGUGGUUCCCAAACUUUUUUUCUCUAGCUGUUCACGGCCAGACCUUGAAUACGCACGUGGUCGUCUUUGGGGCACGACGGCCGAGUCUUGAACCGGGUUGAAUGCGGCGUAGUUCCACCCCCAAUAAGUCUGACGUGAUCGCACAUCGAGGGUGCUGAGUCAUGUAUUGAAAGCAGAAAAUAGGCUCUGAGCAUGAAGUGACGCUGCAAUUGUUCCAUUCACAGCAAGAUUGAAGGCAAGAGUUCGGUCACUCAACAUGGCUGACAGUUCGGUUGGCAACUCGCACAACACCGCUGGCCCUCCAGCCUGGGUUGUGGGCUCGAAGCUCUCUAGAGGGAGAACUAUCGGCAUCGUGACCACAAGUACACACGACAAAGAAGGUGUCUGCUACACCCUUCUCGUGUGAUGUUGUGAUAUUGUGAUAUUGUGAUGUUGUGAGGGCAAGCACAGCAAGGGGCAGGUGGGGAUUUCCUCCUGAUUUCACUGAACACCCAAAACAGAUGGGACGACAUCCACCCGCGCGUAUGUCUUUGGCCAGCUGCUUGCCGAACCCGGUAUUCUCUUGUAUUCUACAGGUUGGUUUAGUUUCGCCAGCCUCGAAUAUUUUCGGUUAACACAGGUACUUCUGACCGCGACAGAUCGGAAAGGGGGUGUCCCCACGGCCGUGCCUGCCAUCAGUACAUGUAUGGUCCAAGAUAUCAGCCAUCAAUACUUGACUCCUCACCCCAACUACCACCAUCACCCUGGUUAGCUAGCGCGUCCUAUCGUCUUACAUCGCGACCCAUGCCCAGCUCGUCUACACGACGUCGUCCUAACCCCUCCCCACAAAUCACGGUCAUCCAAGUCCUCAUGGUAGUCACUUCCUCUGUUGAUUCGUCCACUUCUGGCUCCUAGUGGACCGCCCGCCGAUCCCAAAGGAGUUGUUGCCGCUCACAGGGCAACCUCUUCCGUGAGAUCCGUUCCCCAAGUCGCUGUUGUUGUAACCGGAACGGGAUGACGAUGAGCUGACGGUGCGGGCACCUCCUCCAUCUCCCAUGGAGGUAGAACAGCGACGGUCGGUGUGUUCGUGGGACUUGUAGUCGACGCGACUCCCCU